CGAGAUCUCGUUAAGUUUAGAAUUUAAACGUAUUCUCAUCACACUUGCAGAUUGCAUACGAAACUCAUACCCUGGUUAUCUUUGAACGGACAAGUUAUUCAUAUAGACUGUGACUCGCAUCCUCUUCAAUCACCUUCAAACCGUACCACCAUUCAUUCAUGAUGACUGCGUUGACGAGCCGCUGUCUAACUGUUCGCCUUGUCCGUCUCCCGUCACUCUCUUUGACACACGUUGUCCCGCCGCGGAGAUUUGGGCGGUGCAUCCAUUCUCGGCAACAGCCAGGACAACAAGUACAACCACCACAACCACAACCGCGCAACAUGGCCACAGCCGCGCAACAGGCUACACCUACUCCUGCACCUGGUGCAAUAGGUGCACCAGUGAAGAAAACAGGGACAUCCGGGCGAUUUGCUGCCAAGAAAGCAGCUUUAACCUUGACUCCGCGGGCCGUUGAGCGUCUUCGCGUUAUGCUGGGGGAUCCUUCCCGGCCACAAUACCUUAAAGUCGGAACAAAGAAGAAGGGGUGUUCUGGCCUAUCAUACAACCUCGAAUACAUCUCGUCUCCAGGAAGGUUUGAUGAAAUUGUUGAGCAAGAUGGUGUGAAAGUCGUUGUGGAUUCGAAGGCGUUAUUCUCGCUAAUCGGGAGUGAAAUGGACUAUGUGGACGACGUAUUGCAUUCGACGUUUGUGUUCAACAAUCCUAACGUAAAAGAGAUGUGUGGAUGUGGGGAAAGCUUUAUGGUAUAGCGAGGCAGAAUAUGUGCGUUCGCUUGAAUGUGGCAGAUUUUUUGAACAGGAACAUCUGAAAGGCAUCAGUAUCUCUUCUAUACAAUGAUGUUCGAAAGAAUUAUUUAAUGCUGUACGUACUGAUUGACAAUAUGCAAUUUCUAUACAAUUUAUCUAUCUGUCAACGACUGA